AUGAAGCUUCUCACUUCUGCUCUUCUGCUUGGGUCACUUGCCACCCAGACGAUCUUUGGCUAUCCCGGCGGCCAGUUUGUCAAGAGGGACGUCGACUCCUUCAUUGCCACUGAGACUCCCAUAGCCCUUGCGCAGCUGCUCUGCAAUAUUGGCCCGAAUGGUUGUCAUGCUCAAGGCGUCAGCUCUGGCAUCGUCAUUGCUUCUCCGGACAAGACUGACCCACCGUAUGCUGGCCUCGUCUUCAAGGCUGUAGUAGACAUCUUCACCAACAGCUACGAUGCCAACCUCCAGACCAACAUCCAGAACUACAUUGCUUCUCAAGCUCGCCUCCAGGGAGUCUCGAACCCUUCCGGAGGCUUGGGUGAUGGUGCCGGUCUUGGCGAGCCAAAGUUCGAAGUAAACUUGGCCCCCUUCACGGGUGCUUGGGGACGACCUCAGAGAGAUGGUCCGGCGCUGCGAGCCAUUGCCAUCAUCGGGUACGCGAAAUGGCUCGUAUCAAACGGCUACUCGUCUACUGCCUCAUCCGUCUUGUGGCCGGUGAUCCGCAAUGACUUGGCAUAUGUUGCCCAGUACUGGAACCAGACUGGUUUCGAUCUGUGGGAGGAGGUCCAGGGAAGCUCUUUCUUCACCGUCGCCAGCCAACAUCGCGUCAACGGAAACGGAAGAUCCGGCCGUGAUGCCAACGUCAUCCUCGCCUCCAUUCACAACUUCGACCCGGCCGCAGCCUGCGACGCGGCGACUUUCCAGCCCUGCAGUGACAAAGCCCUUGCCAGCCACAAGGUCGUCGUAGAUUCUUUCCGCUCCAUCUACGCGAUCAACAACGGUAUCGCCCAAUCCGCCGCCGUCGCAGUCGGCAGAUACCCCGAAGACAGCUACUACAACGGAAACCCGUGGUACCUCAACACCCUGGCCGCCGCUGAGCAGCUCUACGACGCCCUCUACGUCUGGAAGCAGCAAGGAUCCAUCACCGUCACCCAGACGUCACUGGCCUUCUUCCGAGACCGUGACGGCUCCGUAGCACCCGGGACGUACGCUUCUGGGUCAUCAACCUACAACUCGCUCAUUAAUACCGUCAGCGCCUACGCGGACGGUUUCAUGAACGUGGUCGCGACCUACGCCCAGUCCAACGGCUCGCUCGCCGAGCAGUUCUCGCGCAGCAACGGCCAGCCCCUUUCGGCGGACGACCUCACCUGGUCUUACGCGGCCUUCCUCACAGCCGCACAGCGCCGCGCCAACGUCAUUCCCAAGGGCUGGGUCGGCUCUGCCACCUCGGUCCCGGGUACGUGCCAGGCCACCUCCAUCGCCGGCUCGUACUCCAGCGCCACGGCGACUUCGUUCCCUGCCAACCAGACGCCUGGUGGAGGGGGCGGAUCACCUACGGGAACUACUACGGGGGCUACGCCGACCGCGACGGGAUGUCCUAUUGCCAGCUCCGUGCUCGUUACUUUCAACGCCCGGGUCGUGACGCAGUUCGGCCAGACGAUCAAAUUAGUGGGUAGCACCGCCGCCCUCGGAAGCUGGAACCCGAGCAAUGCCAUCGCUUUGAGUGCUUCGGGAUACACCUCGGCCAACCCCAUCUGGUCUGUGACCAUCGAGCUGCCGGCUGGUACGACGUUCCAGUACAAGUACAUCAACGUUGCCAGCGGUGGUGCCGUCACUUGGGAGAGUGACCCCAACCGCAGCUACACCGUCCCGUCAACCUGCUCGUCGACGGCUACAAAGUCUGAUACCUGGCAAGGAUAG